UUGCGCCGCCCGGCGGGGACCGUAGGUGGCUCAAAUCAAACGCUACCACAACGUAACGGUAGUUUUAGCAGUGGCGGGCAGUAAAACUAAAAAACUAAGAAGAGGGUUUUUUUUUUCUAAAUAGACGCAUUCAAUUUGUACAUCUGGUAGUCAAAAAAGUAAGAAGGCAAAAUAUGGGGCAUGAAGAACUCAAACUUGGAGAAAGAGGAUUACUUUUUCCUGCAUCGUCAUCGCCGAGAGAGGAGCAGGAGGAGAGGAAGGAGGCCCGUUACCAUGCUAACGCGCACCAGAAGAAACACCACCGAAGGGCUGAUCGCAACCGCAAACCGCAACCAUGAACGGCACGGAGGGACCAUACUUCUAUGUCCCUAUGGUUAAUACCACCGGCGUUGUCCGGAGUCCUUAUGACUACCCUCAGUACUACCUUGUCAGCCCAGCAGCUUAUGCUGGCCUGGGUGCCUACAUGUUCAUGCUCAUCCUCUUUGGAUUUCCCCUCAACUUCCUCACUCUCUACACCACACUGGAAAACAAGAAGCUCCGGACCCCUCUAAACUACAUCCUGCUGAACCUUGCAGUGGCUAACCUCUUCAUGGUGUUUGGAGGAUUCACCACAACAAUGUACACCUCUAUGCACGGUUACUUCGUCCUAGGACGCCUUGGCUGCAAUCUGGAAGGAUACUUUGCUACCCUUGGUGGUGAAAUCUCGCUUUGGUCACUGGUUGUUCUGGCUGUUGAAAGGUGGGUGGUUGUCUGCAAGCCCAUCGCCAACUUCCGCUUUGGAGAGAAUCACGCAAUCAUGGGUUUGGCCCUCACCUGGGUAAUGGCAAAUGCUUGUGCCGCGCCCCCUCUUGUUGGCUGGUCUCGCUACAUCCCUGAGGGCAUGCAGUGCUCAUGUGGAGUCGACUACUACACACGCGCAGAAGGCUUCAACAAUGAGUCCUUUGUCAUCUACAUGUUCUGCUGCCACUUUCUACUUCCAAUGUUUAUUAUAUUCUUCUGCUACGGCCGUCUGCUCUGUGCUGUCAAGGAGGCUGCUGCUGCCCAGCAGGAGUCUGAAACCACCCAGAGGGCUGAGAGGGAAGUCUCCCGCAUGGUCGUAAUCAUGGUCAUCGCCUUCGGAGUUAUGUGGUUCCCCUAUGCCGGUACAGCUUGGUAUAUCUUCACACAUCAAGGCUCUGAAUUCGGACCAGUCUUCAUGACCCUCCCGGCCUUCUUUGCUAAGGGUGGCGCUGUUUACAACCCCGCGAUCUACAUCUGCAUGAACAAGCAGUUCCGUAACUGCAUGAUGACCACCCUUUGCUGCGGCAAGAAUCCCUUCGAGGAGGAGGAGGGAUCUUCUGCCAAGACCGAGGCCUCCUCUGCCUCCAGCUCUGUGUCUCCUGCAUAAAAAGGCUGUCAACACAGGCUCCAUGAUCCACUAUCCAAGAAGAAGACUUCUGCUCCCCCCGGGAAACGACUGAAGGCUAAUGUCUACAUAAUUAACUUCCUUUUUGUAUUUUUACAAAUGAGUUGGUUCAACCUAAAGACUGUUGCAGGAAAGGUCAGCCCAUUACAGAGUUUUUCCUGUAUGUACAGAAUAUCCAACUUAACUAUCUAUGAGAUUUUUUUUUUUUCCUCAGAGGAAAGGGAAAAAUUUUUCAUCUUUUACAGUUGGAUCCUAAAUGAUACUGGCUUAUUUUUGAAUGUAGAGGCAUGUAAUCAAGGCAACGUAAAAUAAAACGCACUUUGCAAAUGA